UAUUACUAUUCUAUCGGUUUCUGGAAGCCAAAGGAAACAGAGUGUGUGUAAAUCAGAUAGAGAGGAAAGGAGAGACUGUGUCGCAGAGAGCUAGAUUUUUUGUGAUUUUCGGUUUUGUUUUCAUUGAUUGCGAAAAGCAAUGAAUGGAAAUGGAACAGAUGACGAAGUUCUGAAGAUGGAAGAAUCUAAGAAAUUUGCGGUGUUAAUGUUUGGAUAUCUUCCUGGAGCUUCGCCGCAGAGAUCACCGCUGCUGUCUCCGGCGAAAGUCCAUUUCCCGGCGGCGAAUCUUCACGGCGACUCGUGGAAGGAGGUUUGUGGUGGUGGAUGUGGAUUCGCCAUGGUCAUUUCAGAAUUUGGGAAACUCAUAACGUGGGGUUCAGCCGAUGAUCAAGGUCAAAGCUAUUUGACUUCAGGGAAGCAUGGGGAAACUCCAGAACCAUUUUUGCUUCCAACCAAAGCUCCAAUAGUGAAGGCUGCAGCUGGUUGGGCCCAUUGUGUUUCCAUUACAGAUGCAGGUGGAGUGUACACAUGGGGUUGGAAGGAGUGUGUUCCCUCUGGAAAAGUUAUCCAUGAUUUGGCUGCUAGGGGAAGCUUCAAAAAGGACACUUUUGAAAAACAAAUUUCAACACUGACCGAACAAGUGAGCUCACAGUCUCAAGUCUCAAAAUCUAUUGGCGGGACAGUGUUUCAUCCUGAGAAUAGAAAGGCUGGAGAAGAAAGCAUGAAGAGAAGAAAAAUAUUAUCGUCUGAACAAGAACCUGAAGAUUCAGUAUCUGCUGAUGAAACUCUUUCAGCACCUCCUUGCCUUGUAGCAUUAAAUCCAGGAGUGAGGAUCACCUCUGUUGCCGCUGGUGGGCGUCACACUUUAGCACUGUCAGGUGUAGGACAGGUGUGGGGUUGGGGGUAUGGAGGUGAAGGGCAACUAGGUUUGGGCUUCCGGAUAAAAGUGGUAUCUUCUCCUCAUCUCAUACCUUGCGUUGAGCCAUCUUUAUAUGGAAAAGAUAGGUCUUCAGUAGUUCAUCGAGGAAGCAUUAGUUCGAUAACCCGGGCACUUAAAGUUCCAGGAAGCUACAUAAAAGGCAUUGCUUGUGGUGGCCGGCACAGUGCAGUCAUAACAGAUGCAGGAGCGGUGCUUACUUUUGGUUGGGGACUUUAUGGACAGUGUGGGCAAGGUAACACAAAUGAUGUUUUCAGACCAACUUGUGUCUCUUCUCUAUUGAGUAGUCAAAUUGAAGGUAUUGCGGCCGGACUAUGGCAUACACUAUGCAUAUCUGUCGAAGGUCGUGUGCAUGCCUUUGGUGGGAACCAGUUCGGACAGUUGGGAUUGGGAUCCAGUGCUCAUGAGGCUGAGACUGUUCCCAGGCUCUUGGACGCUUCAAUAUCUGGAAGUCUGCGAGCCAAGAUUGUAUCUUGCGGGGCACGUCAUAGUGCUAUAUUAACAGAGGGCGGCAAAGUAUAUUGCUGGGGAUGGAACAAGUAUGGCCAGCUGGGUUUGGGAGACUCUAUUGACCGAAAUGUACCUUCUCGAGUUCACGUUGAUGAUUGUGUGGCUAAGAGCAUUGCUUGUGGUUGGUGGCACACACUGCUACUCGUUGAAACAGCCUUGUGAUUCGUCACCUUAAGUGAAGAAGCAAAGAGGACAUUUUGCUAGGUAAGUUUUCUUGACUACUGUACAUCUUACAUCUAGUUCAUCCCAAACAAUGUGAUGGAAAUGAAAACUGCACCUGAGAUCUGUAAAUAGGUAUGUCAAUAUGACUAAGUUAACAAAUUUUGUAAAUAGAAACAUGUCAAAUGUAAUUUUGUUUUACUUUUAGUUAGUUAGAUCUGUAAAUAAUAAAUUACUGCACUAGUACUAAUUGUGACUGAACAUAAUGGGAAGAAGGUGCUAGAUGAGCAAUUUCAGGCUCCAGUCCGAAGUCAAAAACGAUGAAACUAAGACAGACAUCCUAAACUGUCGCCGAAGAUCUUCUAUAUACACAUUUAUGGUUGAUUAUCUAUCCUGAAUUGCAUUCUAUAAGUAGUAGUUGGUUUGGAUUAUUUGCAAGAGUUCAUCCUAAAGAAAGUUCAUCCUAAAGAAAGAGUCCCUCCUGGGUUAGACGAUACAGAUGAGAUGCUAAUAACCUUAGGCAAUCUAUAUGUAAUUGCGUCAAAUGUUGCUUGCUUGAGAUUGGACAUUGGUGUUCAUGCAGAAGCUGCAUGAGUGGCCAAAAGACAUUCAAAUAUGUGGAAGUCAUUCGGAGUCUGUUUUCACAGCACUUGGUUUAAGUACCAUUUAAAACCAUGAAUAUUGUCAAUGCAGGUUUCGAAAUAAUCUGAUUCCCCAAUAAUGUACUGCACUUAUUGUUAUAACAGUUUUUUUCUCUCUCUCUCUUUUCUUUUUUCUUUUUUUUUAAACGAUAUAUUGGUGACACUUGUCAUUUGUGACCAAAAAAAGGGGUCUUUUUGGGAAUGAUUCUCUAAUAUCAACAUUCCCAAAAAGUAGAUGAACAAUCUAGAUGAACCACUUGCGCUUGGCUCUGUAAGGCCCAUAGGUUCUUCAUAAACUUUCCAGGAAAGUGAAGAAUUUUUCUAAUUUUUGAAGCCUGGCCUUCUAUAAAUUAUUCCUUAUUGCAACUAUAGCCUUCUUGGUUUUGUAAGGCCCAUAGUUUCUUCAUAAACUUUCCUGGAAAGUGAAGAAUUUUAUAUUUAUUAAAUAGCUUUUGGGGGUUGGACCAACAGUUUGGGCCUUUUUUUGUUUUUAUUUUUUAUUUUUUGAAAUAGCGCAUUAUCAUUGGAUGAAAACACUAAUGACAUGGCGUUUUGUAUAUUUUAUAUAUGAUUGAAGACUUUUAUAACUAUAUUUUAUAUAUGAUUGAAGACUUUUAUAACUCAAAUGUUUGUUGAGCAUAACUAAAUUAUAAUAAUAACAAUGAUUUAGAAAUAUUUUGAAUGUCCAUACGUCACCCAUCAAAACAAUUUUGUUAAUUCAUGCCAUUCAAUCACGACAAACAUGAAAGUUGAUAUG